CCGUGAGUGAAGAUCGGUUCCGACGAAUAACAACGACCCACGUCCAAACGAAACAAUUCGAGUUAUAGAAGAUUUUUUCUCAAUUAAAAAGCAGAUUUAUCCGCUCUCAUCUGUUUGAUCCUGUCCGAGACGCCACCUCGUUGCCGUACGACCAUCCGUGCGCCGCCCACCUCCCAAACGCGUGUUAAUUUAUUGUCCAUGUCCAACAACAACUUGCAUGGGCGUCCGUGUGGCUGUUUUUUUCUUUGCUGGAACGAAGAGGAUCUUUAUUUCCCCGACUGAAGAUUUCCCAGAGAUCGUGAUCCGCCGUGCGUGCAUGAAAGUGUGAAAAAAUUGCUUUUCCUCCUCAACCUGUGCUCCCGGGCUCUAUUUAAUCCGGAGUUGAGUUAGUGAGUGUGAGUUUUGUCAGUUUACACAAUUUUUGCGCGAUUAUUUUUGGAUUCCUACAUCAUCUUCAUCGACGCCGACGACGCCAGCACCCAAAGUCGAUGAAAUUGUGAAGCCGUGAAAAACCGUGCGGCAGAAACUCGCCAGUGGCCGGCGCGAAACAACAAGUUUUCCUAGCGGGUUUUUCGGAUUUAUUCUCCGCCAGUGACCGAUUGGAGAAUGAAUUUGUGAAGAUUGGUGAAAAUUUCGUGUCCGCGAUCGUUUGUGUUUGUGCAAAAGCGCGUUCGGUUCGAUUGGGUUCGCGCGCGCUGCAGGGAAGAUUGAACUUCCGAUUUCUGUGCGUGAGUGCAUUAGUCGUCCAUUCAUUGGCUGGAGCGAUUGGGAGAUCAGUUCGUGAAAAGAAAGUGUUUGUGAUCUUGAAAUUGAAGCCUGAUUGUCUGAAAAGGGUGGUGAUUGGUCGCAGUUUGUGCAGAAGAUGGAACCCACUGGGAACAAUGGAUUGUCCCCGCUGGACGAACUCCAGCGGCAGUUGAACGAAGAUCUGGCGCAAGUGGUGACCUCGGCGCCACCCCCUCUGGCGGCAGCGCCAGGUUCGGCGCCUCUGGUGGCGACCACCAUUAGUACCGUCGUGCUCCAGGGUGGUCCACUGCAGCUGGUAAUUGCACUGCUCAAGAGCGGCGAACGGUUGUACAUCAAAGUUGCAGAUCUGUUACCCAAGUUCACAUUCCUCGGAGCAAGUCUGGACGAGGCGUUGAACCUGCAGCGGCAACAUGAGGAGCUACUUCGCCAGAUCCAGAAUCUACCAACACCCCUGGAAGAGUUCUAUCACAAAGUGCAGGAGAAGAUAGCGGCAAACGAACGACCCGAUCCGAUUCUUAUUGAAGAGAUGGCUUCGUCGCUGGGAGCUGUCUGGCAGGAUAUCAAAAAGAUGCUCCAAGAACGACGGGACAUAAUCCUGCUCAAUGUGGCCUUUUUCGAACGGCUCGGUGAAUGCUACGGUAAAAUAAGCUCCCUCGAAGUGGCCUGCAACGACACGAUGAUCCCCAUCGAAAUCGAAGCCGUUCGCGAAUUUCUAGAAUCGUUCAAAAGCCUUCGAACCGAAAUGCUCUCCUCGAUUUCAGCCGCUCUUAAAGUAGGCAACCAAAUGCUCGACAAGCUGCGAGAACUAUCCAACAUCGGAACGUUUGACUCCCGUCCGAAUCACAUCAAACAGGAUGCUUUGCUCGCAGUCGCCCAAGUAGAACGGUGGCUCGAAGAUCUCUCAAACCGUCGAAACAGCCUAGAACAGGCUUGGCAGUCGCGUAGAUCACAACUCGAGCAAUGCCUUACUUUAGCUAUCCUCGCCAAAGAGCUCUCCGACAUCGAGUACAGCCUCAACGCUACCAAGAAUUCCAACUUCAGUUCCUUCACACUCGGUGAUUCCGCUGACCAGGCCCGGGACCUACUCCAAACCUACCAAAAUGUCAAACCGGAAGCAUUGCUCCUCCGGGACAAAUCCCUCAAAAUCACCAAAGCCACCGAAGAGCUCGUUUCCACGGGUUGCUUCGCUGGUGAUGAAGCAUGUGCUAAAGCAUACAGUAUCCUGGCCGCGUGUACCGAGUUUGUCGAAGAAGUCGAUCAUCGGGAAAUCCUUCUGUCUGAAUCCCGGGAAUUCUUCGGUCGAGCCGAAAACCUCCUAACCAAACUAUCCCAAAUCGAAAUCGAGCUCAACAAUCUCCAGCUCCGACCGAGUUCCCCUUCGCCGUUGCUGCUUCAGCAGAAGGUCCUCCAGGAGGUGACGUCCACCAUCUGCGACAUCCUUCAGGCGGGAUAUUCCCUGAUCGACGACGUUGGACGGACGAAACCGGAAGUGGCCGGCGUACAGGCCAUGGUCGAGCGGAUAGAGCAAAAGAAGAUUGCCUUCGAGCAGUACUGUUUGCAAUCGAGCGAGGAGAGUUUGCGGCUGACGGAGGCGUUGAAUGAUUUCCUCGAACGGUACAACCAGCUGUUCCAGUGGUUGGACGAUGCCAGGAGGGAUCGAAUCGAACUCGCGCUGGAUAUUCACAGGAUGGGGGAGAACCUGACCGAGGCGAAGGAUUGUUUGUUGCUGCAUCAUCAACUUCUGAACGACCUGGAGAUCAAAGGAAACGCAAUAAACAACCUGCUGGUCCGGUUGACCCCCAGUCUGGAGUAUCUGGAGGAUGGGCAGCGGGAUGACGUCCAGAGCAAGAUCGACGUCAUCCGGCAGAAGUGGAUCGAGCUGAAAAACUUCGUCAUCGUGCGGGUCGACAUGCUCAAGUUGUACAUCCGAUUUCACCAGGAAGCGGAAACACUGCGCAAUCUGUUCGAGGCGUUCGACAUCCAGAAGGCGACGUUCCGCAGUGCCGAGCAGGAUAGGCCCCUGCUGCAGGCGGCACUGGACAACAUUCGGUCGCAGCUGGGGCAGCUGAAAGCGAUCGGCGAACAGUGCAUCGACGGGCUGGAGAAGGUCGCCGAUCCGUAUCUGCAAAAAGCUCGCGCAGCUCAGUGCGUCGAUCGGACGCUGACCGAGCUGAACGCGCGCCAGUUGACCGCCACCAAUGAAUGGGAACGCUGGAACACCCAGCAGAAAACGGACGCCACAUUGAACGACAUCAUGGCCGCCAACAUGGAGACUCUUGCAACGGCUUCCAAAUUGGAGGAACAACUCUACCCGAUCUUCAACACCGCGUCGGACAACCCCGCCGAUCUGAGUGCAUUUAUCGCCACCAAACUCAAUCAAAUCCAAUCGGACAUCCGAUCGGCGGAAGGGGAGCUAACCAAACGGUUCGAAACGAUCGAUCAGCUGGCCACGGAUGGACCCGAUGCCAGUGACAAAGUGAUCCAAGUGAAGAACAGUUUGAACUCGAUCAAAACCAAGCUACACACGAUCGCGGCCGAUUUCCAUGAGUUGGCCUCCGUUAUCGAUCGGUUCCUAAGGUCCGUGCUAACCUGUCGGGACAACAUCAAAGACUACUUCGCGAACAAGCAGCCCAUAUCCGGGCCGGAUAGUGUCGAGUCGAUCACCAACAGCUAUGAGCAGUUUAAGCAGAACACGAUGGAGUACUUCCGGAAUUUGCUACAGCAAAGCGAGCAAAUCAUCGAGAGGAUCAAAACGCAGGAGCCUCCUGGAGCGAAGGAGCAGGACACAGACAAGAUCAUCACACUGCUGGAGAACCUGCGGACGUACUUCGAGACGCAAACGGAGUCGGAGAAUUCGGAACUGAGGAAACAACACGCGGUCAUUGCUUUCGAUAGGAGUUUGAACGAAGUUCGAGGACAAAUUGGGGACAAGUUGGAACAGUUGAAGCGUGGUCGAGGGCAAUACGGGCAAACUGCUGACGGUGCUCGCCACAGUUUGACCGUGCUGGAUGAGUUUGAGAGGAGUUUAAAGGAUCUAGAGAUGAAAAUCGAAACGUUUGUCUCUUCAUCCCAGAGCUUAAGCUCCCAAUACCCGGAAACGGCCCAGUACGUUCAUACGGAAGCGACCAAAAUACGUAAUGAGUGGGCGGAUUUGUUCAACACAAUUCAAGAGUACAAGAAGCUGACAACCAUUGCGAUCCAGUACUACGAAUUGAUCUCGAUGGUGGAAAACAACUAUCGCAACUUGAACGCCGAUCUCAUUAAUGCAAACAACAAGUUGUCCAUUCUGAACAACCCCGAUAUAGCUAAUGACUUGGUCCAGCAAAUCGAUACCAUUUUAAAAGUUUACGAAACUCAGCAACUGGACACACUAAAACAAAUUUCUACGCUUUCCUCUCAGUUAUUCGGUCAUGAUAGCACCGUGUCGCUGUACAACGAUAAUCUCAAGUUGUUCCAAUCUUUCUACAAAAUCAAAAAUGAUCUCAGCGAUCGCGCCAAAGAACUCAUAGAAAAACAACUGCUCGAACAGCAGCAGCUUCAACAACAACUUGAAGAAUCUCGCCAAAACGGCUACCACACGAUUACCACAACAACCACCUCUACCACUCACAAUGGACUUCCUCAGCAGCAAUCCUUCGAGGUCCAAACCGUCGAUGAAGCCCAAUACCUCCAAGAACCGCAAGCACCCCUUGUCAUACAAACCGUCGAAGAGUCGCACCAUGAACAGGUUCAUGAAAUCGUCACCGCCACCGAACCACCUCCAUCCCUCUCCGUUCCCCAGCCUCUCACAGACGUCUUCGUGCAAGAAGGUCAACGCGCACAACUGCAGUGCGUUAUUUUCGGUCACCCAACGCCUACGAUCGAGUGGUUUAAAGACGGCAUCAGCAUUCAGAACAACCCGGACUACAAAACCACCUUCGACAAUGGCCUGUGCUGUCUUACGAUCGACGAGACCGUUACCGCCGACACAGCCGAGUAUCUCUGCCGAGCGAUCAACGAUGCCGGAAUUGCGGACUCACCGGCUCGUCUGACCGUCACCGAACUGCCGCAACCACCAAAACCGCAAGGGGUGCCCCCGGUUUUCUCGCAAAAACUGGAAAAUGGCACUGCCAUCGAGGGACAACCGUUCCAGUAUCGCUGCACCGUCUCAGGUAAUCCCCAGCCCGCGGAAGUACACUGGUUCAAAAAUGACACUUGCAUUGACGGUUCGAUCGACUAUCGGAUCUCGUACGACCCGAGCACCGGCGAGUCGUCACUCAGCUUCGAGCAGGUAUUUCUCGAAGAUCAAGCUUGCUAUGGGUGCCGGGCAAGCAACGAGUGCGGCUCCGAUGAAACCACGGCCAAUUUGACGGUCGAGCCUCUGGUACCAACCGAGUAUCCCAGCUUCCCGGUACCCCCUUCAAACGUGAUGGCACGGGUCGGGCAAAAAAUCAAACUGGAAGCCGAAGUCGCCGGCACCCCGCCGCCCGCGGUCAUGUGGACCCACGAUGGAAUGCAUUUCUCCAACCGGGAAGUGAAGUUCUUCUACGAAUACGGCAGAGCGCAAUUGGUCAUAGACGAGGCAUUCCUGAAGGAUGCUGGUGUCUACACGCUGACUGCCAAGAAUAUCGCCGGUGAAAAGUCCUGCUCGUGUAAUGUUGUUGUGAAGGGUCGUCUACCGAACGAAACGUCCGAUUCCGAAUUAGCCAGUGAUAUGGAACCAGUGAAGCCGUCCGUCCAGCUCCAGCUGAAGGACGUAUCGGUGUUUGAGGGCAAGCCGGUACGCCUGGAUUGUGUGAUCGUCGGUCAGCCGGAACCGGAAGUGAUCUGGUACCAUGGUGAUCGUCCUGUGAAGGAGUCCACCGAUUUUCAGCUGCUUUUCCAAGGAGAUCACUGUUCGCUCGUGAUCCGCGAAGCAUUUCUAGAAGAUGCUGGCGAGUAUCGUGUUGUCGCUAUUAAUAGUGCUGGUGAAGCUUCGAGUAAGUGUAAUGUGAUUGUGACACCGUUGAACAUAGCGGAACCAGCAGUACGCCAGCCAGCCGAGCGUGUCCUGCCAACGUUGGGGGCGCCACCCAGGUUCGAACGACUUCUGAGUGAUAUCCUUGCAGCGGAGGGUGAAAAGUGUCAGUUUGAAUGCGCCGUCAGCGGCGAUCCCCGACCAAACGUAAAAUGGUACGUGAACAAUCGUGAAAUCCUAGAAAAUCCGCGUGUUCAUUCGUUGUAUCGCGAAGACGGUGUUGUGAAACUGGUGAUCGAACAGGUGUUCCCCGACGAUAAAGGCGUUUAUACGGCCAAAGCCUCCAAUCCAUCCGGAGAGGCCAAGUGCUUUUCCAACCUAAUUGUGAAAUCGAUUAACGCGCCCGAGUUCGAAUCUGUUCCGGCGUUCCUCAGUGAUAGCGUGGUAUGCCCAACAUUCAAGGAACUGUUCGCCGACCGUGUUGUGAAGUUGCAUGAAUCAACUAAAUUUGAGUGCAUUGUGGUGGGUAAACCCCAGCCGAAGAUCAAGUGGUUCUUCAACGAUCAACCAGUUCAAGGACAUGAUUUCCUUGUGUCAACUAGUGGGGAACGCCAAGUGCUUACCAUCCCGGAAGUAUCACCGGAAUUGGCUGGAAAAAUCACAUGCUAUGCGGAGAAUGAAGCUGGAAACGCGCAAUGUGUGGCUUAUGUGCGAUUAGCUGAAUCUUUCGGAGCAUUACUGCCCUUGCAGCCGCUGGUUACGGCUGAAUCAAUGCUCCAAGUUGACAACAGUGGAUCGUCUUUUGUGACACUCCAGAAGCAGGUGACCACUUCUUCCUCGUCUUACUCCUCCUCGACGUUGGUCGAGAAUGGAGUAUCUCAAUCCGAGGUUCACUCGAAAUCGGCCCAUCUGGAUCGAUCGUUCAAGCAAGUCGGUGCCCAAGCUCCAGAGAUCGCCGAAAGCAAGCAGUUUUCGCAGUUCCAUCAGUCGAACAAUCUGCCUCCGCUGAUUCAACAAGAAACUUCGAUCCUCAACAUCGCUAACAACAACGCUUCUGAGAUGCAUGAAACCAUCAUUGCCAACUCUGGCCAAAUCAGUACUGGCAAGCCGGCUAGACGCAGUUCAGCACCACGCUUCGUAUCUCCUUUCAAUGGCAAAAUCGUUGAUCAAGGCGCCGAUGUCGUGUUCGAAGGAAUUGUCGAUGGCUACCCCUCACCCGAAGUGAAAGUCACGAAGAACGACGUAGAGCUCUAUCCAGAUGGCGAACGCAUCACCGUCGCCUAUUCACUCAACAAAAUUAUAGUUGAGCUAAAGAACGUCUCGACAAACGACGCAGGACGUUACACCGCGACAGCAUCAAACGCCGCCGGCGCUUCAUCCACCACAGCCGAUUUGGUCGUCAAGAAGUCUAUCUUUCCACCAGUAUUUGGGCGCCGUCUGCAGGCUCAGAGUGUCCAACGUGGUGAACGAAUUAUUCUAGACGCCGAAGUAAGUGGAACACCUGAUCCAACUGUCACUUGGUUCAAGGACAAUCGUCCGGUGCAAGAAGCUCUCCGACCAGGAAGCUACACGCUGCAACAGGUUGGCCCCACCUGUAAGUUAAUCUUCGAACAGAUAGAUUUCGCCGACGCCGGCAAAUUUAUGGUCGUGGCCCGCAAUACGGGUGGUGAAGCACAGAGCAUUGCCGACAUUGCGGUCAUGGAAGCGGAACAGCCGCAACCACAUCCGCAGAAACAUGUGUCCUUCGUUGACGUGCCAGAGCCGCAGCCACAACCAUCGGGUGAAAGCAUACCCGUCGAGUCUGGCUUCACCGCUCGUCAAGAAUUUUCCGCCGAAUCCAAACUACAGGGUCCCAUCACAGAGUCAACCAUCGUCACCGAAACACGACGCACCACUGAAGCUACCAUGCGGAUGGAACACAAAGUCAACUUUCCCGAUCUUCCAGUCACUUUCUCACAGCGUACACAAACUCCAACAAUUCCUCUCCGAUCAGAAGGAACUAUGGUACAGACCGACGUACAAACAAGCGCUACUAACACAGACCAGGUAGCGACACGCACUGACGCCACACAGACACCAUCAUCAGCACCACCUAUACCAGCCAAAUCAGUGGCCUCACAGACACCCCCACAGGUGGAACCAAAACCUCAGCCAGAAGAACUCAAAACCGAAACGAAGCGUAAUGCGUUCCAGUUCUUCGAAAAAAUCGCCACCAACGGAACAGCGGCACCACCACCAAUGGUUCCAAAACCCACCUCAUUUAAACCACUCAAACAACCUCAGGUUGCGAUCGAUCAAACACACCAGCUGGUAGGUGAAGAGAAACUCAUUUAUAACGCGUUCACCCCCGGUCAAGAUAUUCGAAGCUAUCAGCCUCCGGAACCUCACAUUUCAUCUGAUCCGAAUAGCACUUUGCAAUCCAAAACAACUACGACCACUACCACUAGUAGUAGAAGUAGCUAUCAAGCAACGCAACGUGUCGACCUUCUUAAGCCUCAGGGCGUAACGAUUCCGACUCCUCCAAUAUACCAUCAAGAACCGCACCCUCCAAUCACCGAAACACACCCGCACCAACCAAUUCCGAAACCCGACCCAGUUCCGAACCCUCUCCAAAUACCCACAAUCAUUGCAACUCCCGAUGCACCGCCCAUUUGUCGACCUCAUCCAGAGCGAGCACGCAGCUCGUCUCCUCGACCUUCAGCCGAAGCCAUCGCAAUGGAGAAACUUUGGACUACUCCAAAAACACCUGGCUUCGGUACACUACCACGCACUAGACCAUCAUCUGCUACUCCUUAUGUUCGUAAACAUUCGCUCGUAGAGGAUAGUGAAAGCUCAAAGCCUAAAUCCAAAUUUCAGCCAAUGCAGAGCAGCUUCUUUAGCCAGCAACAGCAUCAUCAGCAACAGCAGAUGAUGUACUCAUCCUAUUCGUCGACGCACCAGUUGCAGGCUUCAAAUUUAUCUCAACAGCAGUACUCGCAAAGCAUGCAGUAUCAGCCGUACAAGCCAUCCGAAUCACUUCCGGCACCUCAGGAUCCGCUGCCAGCCAUACAAACACCUAAGCCGUUGUUUGCUCCAGCUCCACAACCAGCUCCUCAACCAUUCAAGCCCGCUGUUCCUCAGCAAACCUUUACUCCUGCACCGACUAUAGCUCCUGCUCCAUUUAAGCCGGCUCCUCCUCAGCAAACAACCUUCACUCCUGCGCCAGCUCCAGCCCCUGCUCCAUUCAAGCCGGCUCCUCCUCUUCAACAAUCCUUCACUCCCGCUCCUCCCCUUCAGCAAUCCUUCACUCCUGCUCCAGUUCCAGUACUUGAUGCACAAUUCACUCCAGUGCAUCACUCUCUAGCUGCGUCCUCCACCGGUCCUUCGUUUAUUUCUGGACCAUCCUAUAAUCAGACCCCACAACCAUUCAAACCUCUGCCUCCACCUUCCAUUACUCCAAGUCAGCAAAACUACUCACCACUGGAGUUCCAACCGUUUGUUCCUGCCCCAGGACCUGUAGCAGCUUCAGUUCCACAGUUUACACCAGCCCCUGUCCCAGAGUUCAUCCCAACACCAAUUCCAGCACCAGCUGUUCCCAUCCCCCAGUUCACUCCCGCUCCUGCUCCUAUCCCACAACAAACCUUCUAUCCCGAACCGAUCUAUCAACCGCAACCCAUCCAGCAGCAGCCUCCUCAGCAACCUCAGCCACAACAACAACCGAUCUAUCAACCGCAACCCAUCCAGCAACAACCUCCUCAGCAACUCCUGCUGCAACAGCAACAGCCGCAACAGCAUUCGGAGUUCGUACAUCAUCAGCAAUUGCAACAGUACCACCUGCAGCAGCAACACAUGGAAGAAGAGGUCUACAAGAAGAAGUCCGUCAAAGAAACCAAACAGCUGUUUGAACAAACAAUCAAACAGCAGGACCUCAGAUCUCCACGCAUGAUCCAACAGGUCGGAACCCUUCAGUCGCCAACCCGUCCAAUGACUCUGCCACCCGACUUCGGGUACACCCCGGCCGAGAUUGGACUUGAGCCUGGACCGCAACCCACGAUGGGCUACGUUCCGAAGCAAUCGAACGAACGCAAGAGCUCCUACUAUCGUGAGAAGAUCGAACAGUCGCUGUUUGAGAGCAUGGAUAAAGUACCGGAACGUGUUCCGGCUGGCGGUGUCAAGAUUAUCCCGCCGAGCCCUCGGAAAAAGUCACAGACCCCGGGACAGUCAGAUACCGCCGGGAUGACUCCUGGUUCGUUCGAACAGCCGCCGGAAGCAAAGAGUACGCCCACCGUGGCCGCAAAGAGUCCAUUCACGGCCACCGAGAGUGAAUGUGAGAGUGACUUGGACGUGAGCAAAAAGGUGAAUGGAGUCAGUUCAGGCUAUCUGGCUGAUACGGAAGAAGUUCAAAAAACAACGGUGGUAUCGUUCAGUGAAGAAAAAACGGAAAGCUUCAGCAGCAAGACAGAAAGUGUCGUAGUCAGCUCGUCCACCGAAGCUGUUGAACAGCAAGAGCAACAGGAACAGAAGGUUGAAUCAGUCGAAUCAAAGGUCGAGAAGGUUGAGGACGCUGCACCGGCUGUUCAACAAGAACAACAACAAGAACCAUCGGAGCCAGCUGUCAGCGCUGCCGAAGAGGUUACCAAGCAAUCCGCACCGGUUCAAGAAGAAGGACCGAAGAACUUCCUGGCGAACGACGACUUGCCGGACGAUUUACAACCGGUAAAAGUGCUUCCAACAGAGGAACCACUGCCCACAUUGAAGCAUGUUCCAGUUCCAGCUGCCGUUCAGCCUGUGCAAGAGCCGGAGCCUGUAGUCGAGCAAGUGCCGCUGAUCCAAGAACAGCCUGUUGUGGAACCUGCACCUGUUCCGAACGUUACUGCCCAACAGAAUGGCUAUCCAUCCGCUAGUGAUUACGAGAGCGAUUUCGAAAAGAAGACCAUCCCGGCCUGGCAACCAUCCCAGGUAACACCAGUCGAGUCAGGCUAUAAGCCCGUUCAUCCAGUGUUCAAUCCACCAAAACCACACGAAACAGGGCCAGCAGCGCCACCACCGUCAGUAUUCGAUCCGAUUGACAAAAUCCAACCAACGACUCUCCAACAGCCUAAACAGUUUAUUGAAAAAAUCGAAAAACCCACACCAAUCAAUUACUCCCAAAGCUCCUCUACCAGUCAACAGCAAUCUUCCUCCUCCUUCCAAUCCUACCAAACACAAACCUUCCAACAACAACAGCAACACCAUGUCUCUUUCCCACCCAUCGAACCAACUCCAGCUCUGUACUAUACGUCUGUCACUGGGCAGCCUGUUCAUAAUACGAUCGCAACUGAAACGUCCAACACUCUGCAUAUGAAGGAAUCUACUGAAACCAGCAACCGGGUGGUCAACAUGUCGCAAACGCAACGAGUCGUCAACUUGGAAUCUGCAAAUCAAUUCCUGGGUCAGAGGCCGGGUCGUUUCACUCCUGGUGAGUUGCGUGAAAGUGACUACGAAUCCGAUGGAUCCCGCAUCCGUCCGCUGUGGACUCCACAUCCGUCCGACAGUGACGAACCGUACUUCCGGAGUGUGCGACCGCAAUUCAAACAGCCACGUUCUGCCAGCGUGCCUCGGACCGGUGAACACAUCCAAACUCCCAUGGAAUUCGACACUGGUCCAGUGUUGAUGCCGUCGAAGAUCGAAAUCGCCUCGAGUCUAGCCUCAAGCCAAGCCUCGACGAACCAACAGAGCCAAGCGGUCGAAUCCGUGGAAGUGCUGCAAACCCAAACGCUCGAUCGCAAGUCGUCCUUCACGUCUAAGCGGCUUGCCACCUCGCACGUGUCCAAUCUGCGCGAUGACAUGGCCGUCAAGGCCCACAAGGUUGCCCCCAUCAACUACAUCCAGAAGGCCACCAACCAGGCCGAAAGUAUGUCCCAAAGCUUCAAGACCAAGGCGUACCAUUUCACGAACGAAGUGAUGACAGACAUGCGGAAGACGCCGAUCAAGCCCAUCCUGAAGAACGCAUUCGGCUACCAGGUGCCGGUUGUGCCGACCGUGGCGGUACCCAGCGCCACGACGCCAACUCCGGCGGCCGAUGACAACGCGCAGGCCUACCGAGAGGAAUCACGGGUGUCACAGUACGGCACCAAACACGUCGACCCGGACACCGGAAUCAUCUACUUCAAGUACGAUUUCGGCUACGAGUUUGGAAUCAUUUUCCCGGGCGAAGGCCACCGGAUCGUUGCCGGUGCAAGCCGCAACAGCAACCAAAGGCAGCUCACCAACAACACCAAACAGAAACACCCACUCUAUCAAAGCGGAUCUCCAUUCGGUCCAUCGGGGGCCACUUCCGUGGAGGUUCCGGUCAUUCAUGAACGCACCAAAGACUACACCCGUAACUGUAGCCCCACGCCAUUCAGGCGGUCGGCCUCGGUUCCGGCACCGGAACUGCAGGCCAGCCGUUACAACUACCAGUCGACUCCGCCGUGCAGCUAUCCGAUGAGAAUCGGACGACCGGGCAGUUCUAGUGGGCGUUCGACGCCUCGAGUUGGCUACUUUAGGCCGUUGUCCCGGUGCAGCACUCCAGACCAGCAACCGCAGCAACUCUCGACCCCGGUCCAGGGAUUCAACCGCUCCGCCACUAGCACUCCCAAGCACCACCCACAGGAACCGGCCAUUGCCACCAAGCAGCCUCUAUUCGUUGCCCCUCUGAAGGACAUUGCCGUCGUCAGUGGACAGCCGGCGCGUUUCGAGUGCAUCGUCACGUGCGAUGCUACACCUGCGAUUCGCUGGACCAAGAACAACGUACCGAUUGACGAGAGCGGCCAACGAUACUACCCGGAAUACCGAAAUGGGUUGUGUCGCCUCUCGCUUCCAGUUGCCUACGAAGGUGACUCGGGCAAGUACUGCUGUUUGGCCGAAAACCAUUUAGGUCACUCGCAGACGUGUGCCGACUUGACCGUGGUCGACAGCGACUGGAGAACGGCAUCCGCCGUGACGGAGUUCUAAACUGUUCCCAGGCCGUGCGAGAACAGGAAGGGAAAAGAAGAAGAAAUUGACUUUGUCAAAAUUUAGACACUCAACGAAAUUUAUUGAUGCUAUAAGAAGAAGUAAUGGUAGAUAGGGAUCGUUAAAUCAGCAUUCGAAACCAAAAAAAAAUAAUGUAGAGUCAUAAAUUGGUCGGAUAGUAAUCGAAACAAAAAUCAACCAAAGAAAAUCUAUCAGAAAUAUCAAAACAACCUAGAAGAAACGAAAGAAAAUAUGUUUGUUUUUAUUCUAGUCAUAAGUUUUUUAUUUUGUUUAAGUAAACCAUAUCAGAUACGAAUAGAAGAAAGAGUAUAGUUUUGAACCUUCUUCUUCUUUUCAUGUAAAGUGUUGCUUUUACUCGUUGUCUAUUUAGUGGCUUUUCCAUUCUCGUUUUGUAAUUAUUUGUUUUAUCAAAUAUGAGAGGAAUCCAUCGGUUAUUUAUUUUAGAUUUUUAUUUAUACCCCAAACAUUUUUUGAGCGAUUGGUCAUCUUUUUAGUUGAAUAAAUUUUUGCUAAAACAGCUGAAAAAAAACUGUAAAACAAGAAAAUACACCAAAAAAACGAAACAGAAACAUUUAUCGACAAAUCAUAUAGAAGAAUUUCUCUUUGGUCCCAUAUUUGCAACAUAGUAGAUUAAUCAACCCAUUGCUGAUAAUAAUCUAUAAAUAAUUUUGAAAUGAAAUUCUAAAUGAAUAAGCUUUAAUUGUUUUUUCUCAGUCUAGAAAUACCAUUUUCAUAUUCAAUCAAUUUCAUUAAAAAAAACAUUGCUUGGGUUUGGAAAUAUUCAUUCAUCAUUCAUUUCAUUUCAUUUCGAAUAUUAUUUACUAAAUAUGUGAAACCAAUUAUCCAGAAGGAAAAAUACCGAAUUGAUAAUAACCUUUAAGGGUAAAUCGUCAUAAAACGGCCUUGCAGUGGCCGAAGAAAUUAGCUAUGUAAACAACAACUGAUUGAUAAUUGAAAAUAAAAUCGAGAGAACGUA